AGAGACCUGAAGGACGUAGAGGACAGAAAGCAGCAGCUGCGUGAUUUUGUGUUCUUCCAUGUCAGUGUAUAAUUCUGAAGAUAUCUGAAAAAGUGCAAAAUAAUCAGGUCCCAAGAUGGCAGAAGCCCACCAGGCUGUUGCCUUUCAAUUCACUGUGACACCAGAUGGCAUUGAUCUACAGCUCAGCCAUGAAGCAUUACGGCAUCUCUGGCUGUCAGGGCUGGUUGCCUGUAGGAAACGUCUCAUCACACUUAAGAGCUCUGUGCUGAGUGGAGUGUACCCAGCUAGCCCUUCUACAUGGUUUGCUGUGGUGGCUAUGACACUUGGUUCAUUAUAUGGAAAGCUGGAUCCAUCUGUAGGACUCAUCACUAAAAUCAACAGCAUUCUCCCAGGAAAGUCAAUUUUGGCACCAGUUUCCCGCACAGUGGUCAGCGCUGUGAUCUUUUCCACUGGUGUCUGGGUAUCUGGAAUCCUGAUCUACCGUCAGACUCUUCGAAUACUUCUAUCUUAUCAUGGAUGGAUGUUUGAACCACAUAAGAAAACAAGUAUGAAAACCAAAAUAUGGGCGGGUUGUAUGAAGAUAAUGUCCAGUCGGCAACCAAUGCUCUACAGUUUUCAGAUGUCUCUUCCAAAGUUGCCUGUUCCCCCACUGGAGGAUACAAUACAAAGGUAUCUGCAGUCAGUGCGUCCUUUAAUGGAUGAUGACAAAUUCAGUGAAAUGAAAACCCUGGCUGAGGAAUUCCAGAAAGAUUUGGGACGGAAGUCACAAAAAUACUUGCACCUCAAGUCCUGGUGGGCUUCAAAUUAUGUCAGUGAUUGGUGGGAAGAAUACAUAUACCUGAGGGGUCGAGGACCAAUAAUGGUGAACAGUAACUAUUAUGCAAUGGAUUAUUUAUAUGUGACCCCAACCACAAAUCAAGCUGCCCGGGCAGGAAACAUUAUUCAUGCCAUGCUACUCUACCGCCGAAAGCUGGAAAGGGGCUUGAUUCCUCCAGUCAUGGCACUUGGCAUUGUUCCUAUGUGCUCUGAUCAGAUGGUGAGGAUGUUUAACACAACAAGACUUCCAGGAGUGGAAACUGACUGCCUUCAGCACUUGGUUGAAAGUCGCCAUGUGUGUGUAUAUCACAAAGGACGUUAUUAUAGAUUAGGCCUCUAUCAAAAUGGAAACCUUCUCACUCCCCGCCAGCUCCAGGCACAGAUUCAGUAUAUCCUGGAUGACUCAAGUUCCCCACAGCCUGGGGAAGAGAAGUUGGCAGCUCUAACUGCAGGAAACCGGGUCCCUUGGGCUCAAGCUCGCACAAACUUCUUCAGUAAUGGAAUAAAUAGGACAUCUCUGAGUUGCGUGGAACGGGCAGUAUUCUUUAUCAGUCUUGAUCAGGAGGAAGCUGGGUACAAUGAAGAAGACAAGUCAUCUUUAAGUGCUUAUUCCAAGGCUUUGUUACAUGGAAACUGUUACAACAGGUGGUUUGAUAAGUCAUUUAGUUUGGUUGUAUUCCGAAAUGGAAAGUUGGGUCUCAAUGCUGAGCAUUCUUGGGCGGAUGCACCAAUUAUUGGACACCUGUGGGAGUUCACACUGGCAACAGACUACUUUGAACUGGGUUACACAGAGGAUGGCAACUGCUGCGGGGAUCCUGGGUCCCCUCUUCCCCCACCUUACAGACUGCAAUGGGACAUUCCUCCAAAGUGUCGUGAGGUCAUUGAACGCUCUUAUAUCACAGCUAAGGCAAUAGCAGAUGAUGUGGAUUUUCAGUGCGUCUGUUUCACUGAUUUUGGGAAAGGCCUGAUCAAACAAUGCCGGAGCAGCCCCGAUGCCUUCUUUCAGAUCGCACUACAGCUGGCACAUUACCGGGAGAAGGGCCAUUUCUGUUUGACUUAUGAGGCAUCUAUGACCCGACUGUUCCGUGAUGGUCGGACAGAGACAGUGAGAUCUUGCACCAGUCAGACCUGUGAUUUUGCGAAAGCCAUGGAGGACCCUACACAAAGUCAAGAGAAUCGUCUGGCUCUGUAUCGUGCAGCUGCUGAGCACCACCAAUUGAUGUAUCGUUUGGCAAUGACAGGAAAGGGAAUUGAUCGUCAUCUAUUCUGUCUUUAUAUUGUGUCUAAGUACCUUGGAACUGACUCACCUUUCCUCCAAAAGGUACUGUCCGAGCCCUGGCGUCUCUCUACCUCACAGACUCCACAGCAACAGUUGAAACUAUUUGAUUUGGAGAAGUUCCCGGGCCACGUGUCUGCAGGAGGGGGAUUUGGACCGGUUGCUGAUGACGGUUAUGGUGUCUCCUACAUCUUUGCUGGUGAAAAUUUAAUCACUUUGCACAUUUCCAGCAAGUUCUCCAGCCCUGAGACGAAUUCUCAGCGUUUUGGACAGCGAAUCUGUCAGUCCAUGCGAGAUCUGGCUCAGCUGCUCCGUCCCCCGGUCACAGCGAAGCACUGAAAUUGGAUAAUGUAUCACGUGUUACUUUCUGCUCACUUGAAGCAAAAUGCAAUUGUUAUCCUCUGCCAAUAUGUACAUUUGAUAGCUGCCAUGCAUCCAAAUUAUACAAAAGCUCGGCAGUUAAUAAGUAUGUUAUUUUUUACAGUUGCCUUCACUGAAAUGGAUGAUUUAUUGUAAUCACAUUACUACACCCAAGUAUCACAUGACUUAUACCAGCACACUCCAUGCCACCUUACAAGAGAGGGCAACUGCCACUAUGUUGAAAAUACACAAGCAAUGCUGCUUUGUAUGUGCACCAUCCUUCUAUUUCUGUAAUUCCAAGCAAUGAGCGUAUUAAACUUUCAAUACUA